UGGGUGUGUUACUUCCGGUGUGAGUGUAGCAACGACAGAUGCUACCUGUUCGGCUAAAGCUGUGUUUGUGACGUGUUUUAGUGAUGGAGGACACGAAAACGCGACAGUAAACCCACAAAGUGACGGUUUAUUUGAAGGAACGCGUCUUCCAUUUCGUUCACAAUGAGUCGACUUCCGCUGAAGAGGUUCUACAAAGAGCUGCCGGUGUGGAUAGUGGAGGACCACCACGACGUGGUGAGUCACAUCUACCGGGCCAUUGCAUCCAGACACCUCCCUCAGAAAGACCUAAAGAUGGUUCAUUUGGACUCCCAUCCUGAUCUGCUUAUUCCUGUCAACAUGCCCGCCGACACGGUCUUUGAGAAGGAGAAACUGCUCAGUGAGUUGAGUAUAGAAAACUGGAUAAUGCCCAUGGUGUACGCCGGCCACGUGUCCUGUGUCGCGUGGCUGCAUCCAUACUGGGCGCAGCAGAUCUGUGAGGGAGAUCACAGGAUGGCCGUGGGCAGAGACCCGUCCACCACCACCAUCAGGGUGACCAGCACGGACAACUACUUCCUCAGCGACGGUCUCUAUGUCUGUGAGGAGCAGCUGGAGAACUCUAAACCUCUCAGACUGAGCGUGGUCAAAGUCAAUCCCGUCAGAGCAGACAAGAAAGCACAGAAGGACACACCGGGGACGUGGUUUGCAAAGAGGCAGCGGACAGUAGAGUGCUGUGAGACCGGGGAAGCCAGCUCCUCUGUGUCCGUGCAGCCAGGAGAGGGUGCCAAAAUUCAGGCAGAGCAGCUGAAAAAUGGUACAGGCCUGAUGAGAGAUGAUGCUGAUGCUGAUGAAGACGAAGACGAAGGAUCAACCAGUUAUGUUGUGAAGAGAGUAUCUGACUGUCUCGGCGAGACGGAGCCGUACAUUCUGGACAUUGACUUGGAUUUUUUCUCGUGUAAGAAUCCCUUCAAGGAAUUAUACACACAGGAAGAGUACGCGAUCCUGAAAGAGCUCUACAGCUUCACAGGACCAGGCCCUGAUGCUGAUGAGGAGGAGCUGGAUCACUGUGUAAAUCGGCGCACACAUCAGUUAGAGGAUCUGGAAGCAGCAUUUGCUGACCUCCUUGAGGACGACGGAGAGGAGACGGUUGGACGCUGGGCCGGUAAUCCCGGGAUGUCCUCACUGACCCAACUGGUUCUUAGUUUGAGGUCGAGAAACCCGUCUCCUGACUAUGAAAUGGUCCAUCAGGCCGGGUUGACCUGUGACUCUGUGGAGCUGCCUCACCACAUCAGCACGGACGAGGAGAUCGACCGACUCGUCACCGCUGUGCAGCAGUUUCUGACUCCGCUGUCCAAACCCACGAUAGUCACCGUGUCCAGGUCCAGUCUGGAUGAAUACUGCCCUGUAGAGCAGGUGGAUUCAGUCCAGAGCAGAGUAUUGGCAGUGCUGGAGGACCUUUAUGGACCACUGGACUUACACAAAGACUAUGAGACGAGCAGCACAGGGACUCUGGACUGGCAACCACAAGCCUCUUGACGAAAAACUCACAAACUGAGAAAAAAGACAUGUCGGAGUCUUUAAGUAUGUUCAUCUCAUAUCAUUUAAACCAUUCGUCGCCCAUUUUUCAACUACAAACUCAAGUUAGUUAACGUGCUUACUCUCCUGCACCAAAGCCCAUAGAGGAAAUUGCUCAUUUUGCAUCACAGCGCGCGAGGAGUUGUUGUUCCACUUCUGCCUCUAACGCUGCGUUCAAACGUUUUAUUUUGUGUCCCCACAGGAUAAAAAUGAUGAUUUUCUCUAUGGACUUUGGUGCUGGAGAGCAAGUGCUUCACUGUCUUUCAGUUUCCAGUUGGGAAUAGGAAAAAAAAAAAAAAGCACAAAAGUCAGUUCCUCAUACGACCACAUUUCAAAUAACCUGAACUCUUCCAUAGAAGUUCUUCAGCCUGGUUUAUGUCCCGUCGUUGUCUUUGCACAAACAAUAAACCAGAUUACUGUGAAAAUAUG